GCCACUUCAGAGUGGACUCUGGAUUAUCCACCGUUCUUUGCUUGGUUUGAAUACGCGCUUUCGCACGUUGCCAAGUACUUUGACCCCAAGAUGUUGGUUAUUGAAAAUCUCAAUUACACCAGUCGCUCAACCAUCUUCUUCCAAAGAUUUUCUGUCAUCUUUACAGAUAUCCUUUUCAUCUAUGCAGUUCGUGAGUGCUGCAGGUGUGUAAAUGGGAAACGAGCUGCAAAGGAUGUCCUGGAAAAACCAGCAUUUAUUCUUGCUGUCCUGCUCUUGUGGAAUUUUGGGUUGUUAAUUGUGGAUCAUAUUCACUUCCAGUACAAUGGCUUUCUGUUUGGACUGAUGCUACUUUCUGUUGCUCGAUUAUGUCAGAAAAGAUACUUGGAGGGCGCUUUUCUUUUUGCUGUUCUUCUGCAUUUUAAACAUAUCUACGUGUAUGUGGCUCCAGCAUAUGGCAUUUACUUGCUGAGAUCUUACUGUUUUACUGCAAAUCAUGCAGAUGGAUCCCUGAAGUGGAGAAGUUUCAGCUUUCUUCACCUAACGCUUCUGGGACUGAUUGUCUGUCUUGUUUCUGCUCUUUCAUUGGGUCCCUUCAUAGUGUUGGGCCAGCUGCCUCAAGUCAUUUCACGGCUUUUUCCUUUCAAGAGAGGCCUCUGCCAUGCUUACUGGGCCCCAAACUUCUGGGCUUUGUACAAUGCCAUGGAUAAAGCACUAACAGUUUUUGGAUUAAAGUGUAACUUUCUUGAUCCCACAAAAAUUCCUAAAGCCUCAAUGACAGGAGGGCUGGUUCAAGAAUUUCAGCAUACUGUCCUCCCUUCUGUGACUCCACUGGCAACGUUAAUCUGUACUUUCCUAUCUAUAUUGCCCUCUGUUUUCUGUCUUUGGUUUAAACCUCAAGGGCCCAGAGGCUUUCUGCAGUGCCUUGUUCUUUGUGCGUUGAGCUCCUUCAUGUUUGGCUGGCACGUGCAUGAAAAAGCAAUACUGCUUGCUAUUCUGCCUUUAAGCUUGUUGUCCAUUCAGAGAGCGAAGGAUGCUGGAAUCUACUUGAUUCUGACAACCACAGGGCACUUCUCACUUUUUCCAUUGUUGUUCACUCCACCAGAACUUCCAAUUAAAAUACUGCUUAUGCUGCUGUUUACAGUUUACAGCUUCUCUUCAUUGAAAUCCCUAUUCAGGAGAGAGAGGCCUCUCCUUAACUGGCUUGAAACAAUCUACCUGGUCCAACUAGUGCCUUUGGAAAUCUUCUGUGAAAUUAUAUUUCCCCUGACCCCCUGGAAACGACAUUUUCCUUUUGUCCCUCUGUUGCUGACCUCUGUAUACUGUGCUCUGGGUGUCACGUACGCUUGGCUGAAACUCUACGUCUCCGUCUUGACCGAACGAAUCUCCGUUAGACAAAAAGCCGAGUGAAGCUGCAGUGCUGGGAGGAGCAGUCCCAGGUUUUAGGGGAUGAUCAGGCACUGUGAGGAGUUGUCACGAGGACAUAC